GCGCGCCGCUGCAGCGUGGGGUGUGCGGUCAGCGCUGCGCCAGAGACGCCGCCAGCGGCCAGCCAGGACACAGCUAGUCAUGAUGUACCUUUUGGUACUGACCCUGGCCAUCGGGUCAACUCUCGGCCAGGCCCCUUAUCGGCCCGACUACAGUGACCUGCGCAGAGGCCAGUACUGCGAGAGGCUGAGAGGGACGCAGCCAGGGAACUGCUGUCCGGACCGACUGGACGACUGCAGCAGUCCAAUCCUGGACACCCUCUGCUACUGCGAUGAAUUCUGCGACCGUGGCGCCUCUGGCGACUGUUGUCCAGAUUACUUCUCCUACUGCCUGGGCGAGAAGGGACCCGAUCCCGUGAUCGCUGGAUGCAAUCACAGAGGAAGAAAACUUCUGCCCGAGCAGAGCGUUAAAGAGAACUGCAAUAUUUGCAAGUGCGUGAAGGUCAGCGACACGCUCGCCGAGCUGAUGUGCGACACCAGCAAGUGCCUAGUGCAGCCGGAGCUGAUCGGCGACAUCAACAGCCAGGACGCCUACGGCUGGAGGGCCAGCAACUACUCUCAGUUUUGGGGAAAGAAGCUCAACAGCGGCCUCCAGUAUCUGCUCGGUACCCGUUACCCCAACGACAUGAUCAACCAGAUGUACCCCAUCACGAAGGUGUUCGACCCGAGCCUGUUGCCGCGCUCGUUCGACGCCCGCACGAAGCGCGAGUGGCGAGGCCUGAUCGGGCCGGUGGAGGACCAGGGCUGGUGCGGCGCCUCGUGGGCCUUCUCCACGGCCACCACGGCCGCAGACCGGCUGGCCAUCCAGAAUCCGGGCCGUCGGCGGCUCGACUUCAGCGAACAGAACGUCAUCGACUGCGGCUACGUGCGCGACGACGGCUGUCUGGGCGGCAACCUCGACCGCGCCUGGAACUACUUACGCCGAUUCGGUGUGGUCGAGGAGGAGUGCUACCAGUACCGGUCGGGCGAGACGAGCUCCAGCGGCGAGUGUCAGACACCGCGCCGCUCGUCGCGGCCGUAUCAGCUGACCUGCGCCAACGGCACCACCAUUCAGCUUAGCCGCGACGAGAUGAUCGGCAUGCAGCCACCCUAUCGCAUCGCCAGCAAGGAGCAGGACAUUAUGCACGAGCUCUACUACAGCGGACCUGUGCAAGGCCGGGUGGUCAGGGUCGUGGCCAGCGGCGCGGUGCAGGCUUCAAAAGGAUGGGACACGUCCGGCGGGCAGUCGGCCGCUCGUGCAGUGGGCAAGUCGGCGGGCAGUCGGCCGCUCGUGCAGUGGGCCAGUCCGGCGGGCAGUCGGCCGCUCGUGCAGUGGGCCAGUCCGGCGGGCAGUCGGCCGCUCGUGCAGUGGGCCAGUCCGGCGGGCAGUCGGCCGCUCGUGCAGUGGGCCAAUCCUGCCUGCAGCCGGCCGUUCGUGCAGUAG